GUUGCUAGCCCGCCACAGCCAUCGUCGGAGUAUCAACUACCGUGCUCUUCUCCUCCAGGCACCGAACACGCGCCGUCACCACCAACUUCCCUUCCCCGGAUAUAAACUACGGCUGAGGUUCCACUGAGAGAAUCAGGACUCAGGACCACCAGAUUCACCGAAACGGGACAAGAUCAAGCUUAUACGGAACCGACUGAAGGAGGCCCUAAACGAGGAGCUAGUUAUUGUAUUGUGUGAACCACUUUUGGUGUUCAUCCAACAGAGGGACGAUGACGGCAGAUGUGCAGGUGCAGGAGGAGGUGGUCCGCAAGGUGAUGGCUAUGACCCAAGUCGACCGGGACGGACUAAGGGAUGCUUACAGUGACGUCCGCGACGACAAGUCUGAAUGCAACUGGGCAGUCUUCAAGUACGAUGGGAGUCAAGUUAUAGUGUCCGCCAAAGGCCAGACAUUUGAUGACUUCAAGGCACAGUUUGGUGAUGACGAGAGAGCUUUUGCAUAUCUUCGCCUGCAGACUGGAGAUGAGAUGAGCAAGCGGUCAAAGUUCCUGUUGGUAACCUGGGUAGGGACGGGAGUAUCUCCAAUUAAGAAGGCAAAGAUGUCGACAGACAAGGCUCUUGUUAAAGAGAUUUUGUCGAACUUUGCAGUGGAGCUGACUGUGGAGACUGCCAGUGAACUGAAUCAUGAAGCUUUCCUUCAGGAACUAGUGAAGGCCGGAGGUGCAAAUUACGGCACUGGGAUUCGUGAAUAGACGAGGCAUAAUUAUUAAGAAUUCGCUAAGCUCUUUCCUUGCAUAUGGCAUAACUGAGGCUGGAGUUGGUAAUUUUAUGGCUCCUGGUCUUUUUAAUUUCCUGAGAAGCAUUUCAAUACCGUUUUUAAGGGAGGUAUAGAUACUGAGCAUAAAAUCAUUUGGCCAUCAUUAAUACAAUUAUGCAGUGUUGAUUUCUUGCAGAUACAGCCUAUAAAGUUUUGCAACUAACACUACUUAUGUUCAUGGGCACAAUUGGAUAGGAUCUAGUAUUUUUCUUUAAAAUAUCCCCUUGCAGUUACUCUAGAUUCUUAAAUUUUAUUUAAAUUUAGAUCGUAUUGAAUUGUAUCCAGGAUGUGGGAUAGAUUAUUAGAUUGCAGACAACUAUUAAAUUUUAAUGUUCAUUCAGGAUCAGGUUUAAAUUUACUGAAUUUUCCAAAAAUAAUUUUAAGGAUUUUUUGGGAACAAAUAAAGCUUGAAGGCAUUAAGAUUUUAAAUGAUUUAAAGUUUAUAACAUAUUGUAGGCAAUGCAUUAUCCUGGAACAGGUUCUGUAUUUCAUACAGGUGAAUAAUAAAAUUGUUUAUUACCCA